AAUGACAUGCUGCUAAUGGUACGAGGGGCGUAUAAUGAAAAGCAAGUAAUCUCAGUGUCAAAGAACAGCAACAUGCAGACUCUUCAUUACUACAUCAACAAAUACCUGGAGACUGAGAUUGGACUCCGGAUGUUGAAUGAUAGAACCCCCAGCCCUGCAGUAGUACCUGUAAGCCCUUUUGUGGCCACAAGUGAAUUUACACUCUCUCUUCCUGUGGAAAAGGACAAGAUAGAAUUGCAUUUAAGCAGAGUAGACAGGUCUAAGGAGGACAUAAAGGUGCGCCUGGAUUUUGACAUACCAACAGAAGAGAAGGCAUUUCUCAUGAAGAGAAAAGAGGUGGUUUCUCGUGCUUUGCAGAAAAUUCUCAAUCUUCAAAAUCCUUUGGAUGCCACCAAGGUGCCAACUGUUGCUGUGGUGUGUUCAGGAGGCGGCUCCAGAGCUAUGACAGGCACAUACGGCUCUCUGAAAGGACUGCAGAGCCUCGGUCUGCUCGAUGUCAUCACCUACAUCACCUCUGUGUCUGGCUCCACCUGGGCCUCCGCUAGUCUCUACUCUGACCCAUUUUGGUCAAAAGAAGAGCUGGAUAAAGCGAUAACAUCUACACAGAAGGAGAUCUGUAAAAGCCCAGCCAGUCUGUUUUCUCCUACACAGCUACAUUAUUAUCUCUCCGAGCUGCAGAACAGAGAGAAACAAGGCUACUCAGUCUCAUUCAUCGAUACCUGGGGACUCAUCAUAGAACAGCUCGUCUUUGGAAAGAAACAAACAAGUACACUAUCUGACCAGAGGAAGGCAGUUUUUGAGGGCCAGAACCCUCUACCAAUCUACACUGCAGUAAACAUGAAAACAGAUGCAAAUGGCUCAACAGUCCCUGAGUGGUGUGAGUUUACUCCUUUUGAGGUGGGAUUCUCCAAAUAUGGAGCAUUUGUCCCUGUGGAAAGUUUUGGGAGUGAGUUUUACCUGGGUCAUGUGGUGAAGAAGCUGCCAGAAAUGUGCAUCUCCUUCCUCCUGGGCAUGUGGAGCAGUGCUUUCUCUAUUAAUCAGAUGGAGUUCUGGAGGACCUUUACUGGAGUGACAGCACCAGUAACAGGAGAAAAUGUACACAAGAUUGAUGAAAAGCAUCCAGCACUGGAUACUUUACGGGUCGAUUCAGAGACUUCAAUAUUGAACAAAUUCCUGAAUGAUCGCCCCAUCGUCAGCAAGGUGUUUAACUUCCUUAGAGGAUUUUUCAUGCACAACUCGUACACUGGAAGCCCAAAUUUCAACAUCUCGAAUGACACAAGUCCUGAUGCCUUUCCUAACACACUGACUCCAACGGACCCAACCCUUAGCUUGGUGGAUUCUGGGUUAUCCGUUAACAUAGGCUUCCCUCCUGUGCUGCGACCCCAGAGAUGUGCUGAAAUCAUUCUGUCCCUCAGCUACUCUUGGGAUGACGACCCUUUACAGGUUGUGAAGAAAACUCAGCAAUACUGCACUGAACACAAGAUACCAUUCCCAAGGAUAGAUUUCAGCAAGUACACAUCUCAGCCCCAAGAGGAAGUGUAUGUGUUCAUAGAUGAACAGAACCCUGAUGCUCCCAUAGUGCUCCACUUCCCAUUGGUCAAUGUCUCAUUUAAAGACUACAAAGCACCAGGAGUAAAGAGAACAGGAAAGAAGGCGCUUAAAGAGGGAAAUAUUGACGUGAGCUCUAAAUACUCCCCAUAUGUAACCUCAAACUUUACAUACUCUUCAGAAGACUUCCAAAGACUGGUGGACCUCUCUCACUACAACAUUGUUAACAACAAAAACACCAUCAUAAAUGUACUAAAUAAAGCUUUGAACAAAAAAGGGCUUGUUAGCAUGACCUCCACAGAUGGUGCACAUAACUGCAAAAUAAAUUGAUCAAUAGUGUACAAAAAUGAAGGAUAAACCCCUAUUCAAAUAUAUUAACCAUAAUAAUUAAUGAUUAAUAUUAAUACACUAGUUGUAAUAUGUUAGUUACUAUUGAUGCAGCUGAUUCACAGGAAUUUAAUAGCAGAUGAUAAUGUGAAGUCUUUUUGGCACCCCAGCCUGGGUUAUUUUCAUAUAACAGUAUGGUCUGUAGUGAGCCAUUCCAUUACAUGAUUUACAGAAUUACUUGUAGUUAUUAUUUGUGUUUGCACUUACUGUAUGUAGAAAUGAGUAAAUCUAGUCUGUAAUCAGUUUCUGAAAUAAAUGUA